AUGUCUGAAUGGGAAUCAACCACAAUCAUCGGCAAAAGAGCCAGAAGACCUGGUCAAGCGGGCCCCAGAAGCAAUGUCGCUAGGACGCAGAGUGAAAUCAAUGCUGCUAAAAGAGAAGGUAUGGUGCUUUCUGUAGAUAAAAAACAGUAUACUACGGGCAAUUCGAAAUUGAAAAACACUGAAGGUCAGAGACUUACAAAGGUUGAUAGAGAGACUGAUAUUGUCAAAGUGAAAAAGAUAGAUCCAGUAGUGAGUAGGACAAUCUCAAAAAUUAGGACCGAAAAAAAAAUGUCACAGAAGGAAUUGGCAACGAAAGUCAAUGAGAAACCCAAUAUUAUAAACGAUUAUGAAUCAGGAAGAGCUACAGCCAACCAACAAGUUUUGGGAAAACUGGAAAGGGCACUGGGCGUCCGAUUAAGAGGUAAAGAUGUGGGAGAACCACUGGGAGGACCAAAGAAGAAAUAG